AUGUCUGAUUCUGGAAAAUCCUCACCAACGAAGAAUGAAGAUGUUCCCUCACCACAAGUGGCUAUAAAUGCUAUUCCUCUCAACACAAUACCUGCCACAAGUCCAACGAUGAGGAGAAAAUCAGUUGCAAAGAAGGAUAAAACAUCCCAAACAAGUACAAAUCCUUCAUCUCCCUCCGCUUCAAUUAAAGCUUCAAAGCGUAAGAGCAAGAAAUCAAAAUCUGAAUCAAGGAGAAGUUUUACAAGGUCUGAACUGCAUGUUGAUCCACUUCCAUCGAGUGGUGUUGCUACUCCUAUCGUAAAAGCUGCAGAGGUUAAUGUCGACGCAUCUGGUAAGACUUCUGUUAAUUUAGGUCUUAAAGAUCCAAAUCUUGCUGAAACCCUAGGUUUAAAGGACCCUGCUGUGUCUGAAAAAUUGGGGAAAACUGCUCCUAACCCCCCUACUGUUGUUGAUACUAAUAUUGGUGCUUCCACUGAGACCAAUGAGGCUGUUGCUGCUGAUGAUAAGGCUGCUCCUACAAAUUCUGAGGCUAGUGUGGCUAGAAGGACUAGAAGUAGGGCUGGAAAAGGGGUAGAAACUGCUAACACACCUGCCCAAACACCCAAACCUUCUAGGGCUGGAAAAGAUACUGGUAAAAAGCCUCUUUAUGGACCUCCAAAACCUGUAAGUAAGAAGGCUGGCCCUGGAAAGGAAUUUGAAAGAUGA